AUGGAGAUGCCUGGAUAUGGAUACGGUAUGAUGAACCACCAUCAGCAACAGCAACAACAGCAACAACUCAACUAUCACAACAACGACAAAAACAACAACAACAACAACAACAUCAGCUCCAACCAAUUCAUUCGGCAACAAUAUGUUGCACCUCAACCAGCACCAUGUUCGCGGAAGCGCAAAGCCGAUGCACAGCCUGAACACGAGCGCCUCUCGAAGCGCAUGAGCCUGUUGAAUCUGGAACACGGCGGCCAUAGGUUAUACGUCUCCGUCGGGAACCCACAAGCGCAAAACUCCUUCUCAUCUUCAUUCCCAUCUACUACUACACCUCCCACCACAUCGCCAUCAUCAUCUUUAUCGUCCCAGACCAACCAAUACCCUACCGCCGCCGCCGUAGGUCAAGAUGACACCGAAUUCAUGCAAGUCGACAACACCAAGCACAAAGUGUACAUCUACAACAUCGAAGAUGAGCUCUCCUCUGAGAGCGAGGCCGAACAAGACGGCGGCAAGCUGAUUUUCCUCCCGGAUAUCGAGAGUCACCUGCGACAGAACCGCAUCCCGGCCCAGGUGCUCAGUGCCCAGCCACUGUCUGUAGAGUCGGAUAUCCUGAACAAACAACUGGUGCUCUACAGCGUGCCAGCGUCCCUUACGGUUCCUGAGGAGCAGGAUAGCGUGCGCAAAGCCAUCCUGGAAGCGCGCGCCCGCAUUCGUGAGAAGCAUCUGGUGGAGAGUCAACAGCUUCAGCAGCAGCAAAUGCAGCAGCAGGUCAACAACACACUGACGGAUACGGUGCAAAUUAUUCAUCCCGGGUCACUGCCGCAGUUUGAUACUGGUGCUGCUGCUGGUGAUGAGGUUGAUGAUGAUGCUAUGGAGCUUGACUAG